AUGGCCCAGACGACGACAUUCUGCUUCCCAGUGAAAGACCUAUCAAGUGACGCGGUGAAAUUGACUCCAUUCGAGCCCGAAAAACAUGCAACAGCCUACUUCGAAGGCUCAAAGGACCACCCCGAGCUUUACAAGUAUAUGUCCAUUGGCCCGUACGAAACCAGAGACGACUUCAUCAAUGGCUUUCUGGUCGAUCUAGUAGGAAAGCAGUCGCCGGGCAUGACCACCUUUGCCAUAAUCGAUAAGAAACGGCCUCCAUCCGACGCAGACCCCGAGGGCCAGCUAGCAGGAAUGGUGUCGUACAUGGCUGCCAGCCCAGUGCAUCUAUCAGCCGAAGUUGGGUACAUCAUUAUCCUCCCGCCAUUCCAACGCACCCACGUCACGACGCACGCGGUAGGCUUGCUCCUUCAGUACGCACUGAACAGUCCCGAACAGGGCGGAUUGGGCUUGCGGCGAAUGCAGUGGCUUGCAGAUCCGCCAAAUAAGGCGUCCCUGGCAGCAGCUCGUCGCAUGGGCUUUGAGCAGGAGGGUAUCCUUCGAUGGAAUCGAGUCAUGGUUGACGCAGAGGCACGCGGGAAAGGACAUAAUGGAAGAGAGGGGCCGCCUUAUGGGAAGCCAUCAGAUCGUGGCCGGGAUACCGUCUACUUGUCGAUGUGUUGGGAUGAUUGGCUAGGGGGGAAAGAUAAGCAUGUCGAGAGGUUGAUGCUACGGCCGAUUGUGGUGAAGGAACCAUGA